GACAAAAUGGUGAAGAUUGGAAUCAACGGAUUCGGACGUAUCGGCCGUCUGGUGACCCGUGCCGGCCACCGUGGCAAGGUCGAGGUGGUGGCCAUCAACGACCCCUUCAUCGACCUGGACUACAUGGUCUACAUGUUCAAGUAUGACUCCACUCACGGUGUGUGGAAACACGGAGAGGUGAAGGCAGAGGGCGGCAAGCUGAUCAUCGGCAACAUGUCAAUCAUGGUCUCCACGAGUACGGACCCUGCCAACAUCAAAUGGAGCGAUGCUGCCGUCGACUACGUUGUUGAGUCUACCGGUGUGUUCACCACCAUCGAGAAGGCCUCUGCUCACCUGAAGGGCGGCGCCAAGAGGGUGGUGAUCUCUGCUCCCAGCGCUGACGCUCCCAUGUUCGUGAUGGGCGUCAACCACGAGAAGUACGACAACUCCAUGAAGGUUGUCAGCAACGCUUCCUGCCACGACAACUGCCUGGCUCCCCUCGCCAAGGUCAUCAACGACAACUUCGGCAUCGUUGAGGGUCUCAUGAGCACAGUCCACGCUGUCACUGCCACACAGAAGACAGUUGACGGUCCCUCCGGCAAGCUGUGGAGAGACGGACGUGGUGCUGCCCAGAACAUCAUCCCCGCCUCCACCGGAGCUGCCAAGGCUGUUGGCAAGGUCGUCCCCGAGCUCAACGGCAAGCUGACCGGUAUGGCUUUCCGCCCCACCCCCAACGUGUCCGUCGUUGACCUGACUGUCCGCCUGGAGAAGCCUGCCAAGUAUGACGACAUCAAGAAGGUCGUCAAGGCCGCCGGAGGCCCCAUGAAGGGAUUCCUUGGAUACACAGAGGACCAGGUUGUGUCCACAGACUUCAACAGCGACCCUCGCUCCUCAAUCUUUGAUGCCGGUGCUGGCAUCGCCCUCAACGACCACUUUGUCAAGCUGGUUUCAUGGUACGACAACGAGUUCGGCUACAGCAACCGUGUCUGCGAUCUGGUCCAGCACAUGUUCACCAAGGAGUAAAGUCCUGUCUAGUCGAGACUUGUCGUUCCUUCCCAUGAUUCCCUGUUCCUUCACCUGUAACUGGAUGCAGCGCCAUCCGUCCCGGGAGCAAAUCUUCUGACCUUUUUAUAUGAUGCAGUCACCUCUGUCCUGCUCAGCGGUGAGGAUUGUUCAGAAGACGUUCCACCACUGAGCCGGAUUCUGCUGAAUGGUCGUGUUGCACCAAACAUGCACGGUGGCUCCUUUGCACUUACCAAGAAAAUAAAUUCCUCAGUUUGUGAAA